CGCAGUCACCCAGCGGCUCCAGUUCCGUUCUUUUUCACCUCCCCGACAGCGCAGCUCAGCCAUGGCCGGAAUUGUGAAGCCGCCGGGCGCUUUUACGGUGACACCUCACAAGGUCUCCGUUUGUAUCCUGGUUAGCAUCUACGCUCCGCCGGAACAAGACACUAUUCCUUUCCCUUUCACCUCCGUCUCUCAGCACAACGGCCUCGCUCUGUACCUAAUCGCGCUAAUCAAGUCAUGCGAGGACAUUUUUGAGCCGAAGCUAGAUGAGUUGAUUGAGCAGUUGACGGAAAUCUCAGGAACAUUGCAUGAAUGGUUGAGUGAGAACUUGAAACAGAGGUUAUCAUCUAUAGAUUCCCCGGAUGAUUUGUUUAACUUCUUUAACGAGUUGCAAGACAUACUAGGGGGUUCUGAGUCUAAUGAAAUAGACGACGAUCAAAUCAGUCUGGAUCCUAGUAGCAACAUUGGAAUGUUUGUUCGUCGAUGCUUGCUUGCUUUCAAUAAUUUGUCAUUUGAGGCUGUCUGUCACCUUGUGUCAAAGAUAAAGAUUCCAGAAGAACAAAUGGCGUAUGAGAAGAUGGAACUGGAGAGCAUUGACAACGAGAGAAUUGAAGUGGAAAGAGUUGUUAACAAACAAGUUCCAUUUCAUAACCAUGCCCCUAAAUUAAUUGUUGGGUUAGUUGAAGGAAAUGACGUUUACCACGGUACAAAGGCUCAACACAUUGGUAAAUCUGUGGAAUUUGAGCCAAGUGGUUCUGCACCUUGUGGUGCAUCAAAUGACUCUAAUCAUUCAGGCGAAGUGUUCCUACGAACAAAUUGGCAAAUACAAGGAUACCUGAUGGAACAAGCUGGUCUAUUUGAGAAGCUCGGAAGCCCCUUCAUUUUAGAUUCAUUUGAUUUUGUCUUACAACAGCUCCAGAAACUGGCACCUGAGCUGCAUCGCGUUCACUUUUUGCGAUACUUAAAUAGCCUUUAUCACGAUGACUAUCCUACCGCUUUGCAAAACAUCAAUCGCUAUUUUGAUUACAGUGCAGGGACUGAAGGAUGUGACUAUGUAGCUCCGCCUUCUUCUGCAGGUGGUAGCUUUGGGAGAUUCCAAGUUGCGUUGUUAUGUUUAGGAAUGGCACAUUUUCAUUUUGGCCACCCACAACAAGCUUUGGAGGUUUUAAGCGAAGCUGUUCGAGUUUCUCAACUGAACAGUGAUGAUACAUGUCUUGCUUAUACAUUAACAACUAUUUGCAAGCUGUUGUCUAACUAUGGUCUUUCAAACACUACUGGUUUUAUUGGAUCAUCAUAUUCCCCAGUUGCCUAUUUAGGCACUUCUAUGUCAGUUCAACAGCAGUUAUAUGUUCUUUUGAAAAGUUCCUUGAAGCGAGCAGAACGUCAAAAGCUGAAACGACUGGUGGCCUCUAAUCACCUUGCAAUGGCUAAAUUUGACCUUACACACAUUCAAAGACCAUUGCUAUUGUUUGGCCCGAAGGCAUCCAUGAAACUCACAUCUUGUCCAAUCAAUGUCUGCAAGGAGCUGAGGUUAAGUUCUCAUCUAAUUACCGACUUUGGAGAUGAAACUUCAACAAUGACCUCAGAUGGUGCUUUUUGUACGGCCUGGCUUAAUGAUUUGAAGAAGCCAAACAGUUGCCAUAUUUUUCAUCAGGAAAAUGAGUCGAUUAGUAACAACAGGUUCCAUUUCUGUGCACAGUCUAGUUCCAUCCCUGGAUCAGUGUUGCAACUAGUAGGUUCAUCAUAUUUGGUUCGUGCCACUGCAUGGGAGGUCUAUGGCAGUGCCCCUCUUGCCCGAAUAAAUUCCCUGGUUUUUGCAGCCUGCUUUUCUGACUCAUCCAGUUCAGAGGAUGUUGGAUUGGCAUAUGCCAAACUUAUCCAGCAUUUGGCAGUAUAUAAAGGAUACAAAGAGGCAUUUGCUGCACUCAAAAUAGCAGAGGAGAAGUUUUUAUGCCUUUCAAAGUCAAGAGUCCAGCUUGUAAAACUGCAGUUACUCCAUGAGCAUGCUUUGCAUCAGGGGCACCUAAAACUAGCUCAACGACUAUGUGAUGAGUUAGGUGCUUAUGCUUCUUCUGUAGCUGGAGUGGAUAUGGAAAUAAAGGCUGAAGCAAGCUUCCGCCAUGCACGGACAUUGCUUGCUGCGAAUCAGUUUAGCGAGGCAGCAGCUGUUGCACACACUCUUUUUUGCAUGUGCUACAAAUUCAGUUUGCAGGUUGAGAAUGCUACUACCCUCCUCUUGCUUGCAGAGAUACACAAGAAAUCAGGCAAUGCUGUUUUAGGAAUUCCAUAUGCAUUAGCGAGCCUUUCCUUUUGCCAGUCUUUUAACUUGGAUCUUCUCAAAGCCUCAGCUACACUGACGUUGGCCGAGUUAUGGCUCUCACUUGGGUCAACUCAUGCAGAGAGGGCUUUGAGUCUCCUACACACCUCUUUUCCUAUACUUCUCGGUCAUGGUGGUCUUGAGCUUCGUGCUCGAGCCUUCAUCGUGGAAGCAAAGUGCUAUCUAGCAGACUCGAGCUUUUCAGUACACGAUGAACCAGAGAAUGUGCUUCAACCAUUAAGGCAAGCUUCUGAAGAUUUGGAACGUCUAGAGUACCAUGAGUUGGCUGCUGAAACUUUUCACCUGAUGGCCGUGAUCUAUGACAAGUUGGGAAGGAUAAAUGAGAGGGAAGAAGCUGCAUCCAUGUUUAAAGAACACAUCUUGGCUCUAGAGAAACCUUUGGAUGAUGAAGAUCCUCAGAAACAAAAAUGGAGGUAAAUAGUGAAUGGAUUUGGGCACUGUUUGGAGAGAGAAAAAGAUUUGGAAAAUGCUCUGUGAGGGUGGUUUAUGCAUACAAUACAAGGCUCUGUUUGAU